AUGGGAUUAUCUCCAUCAAUGCGUAUUCCUACAAUACAAGAUUUAAACGAAACAAAUUUCGUCAUAUUGAACAAAAUCAAUGUUUGUGAAAAUCUGCCGAACACCACUCAUCCGUUAUUGAUCGCGAUUAAAUCCGCACCCGAUCAUCGUCUUCAACGAAAUGUUCUUCGAUUAACAUGGCUUAAAGAGCUUACACAACACCAUAUUCCAUAUAUAUUUAUAUUAGGUGCGACGACCGAUGAAAAUUUACUUCGAGAUAUCGCUUUAGAAGAUUUGGAAUAUCAAGAUUUAGUCAUGGGCAAACCAAUAGAUAAUUACCAUAAUCUCACAUUGAAGGUCAUCUUUUUAUUUGCAUGGACAAAAACAUAUUGUCCAUCUCGAUGGCUUCUCUAUACAGACGAUGAUACUAUUGUGAAUGUGCAAUCAAUGUUUCAAUUCUUGGAUUCUGUGAGGAAUGAAUCGAAAUCCGCUAUCUAUUGUCAUUUAAUGCAAGGAAAUCCAGUUCUUCGAGAUCCGAAUUCGAAAUGGUUUGUUCCUGAAUCACUUUGGAAAUCAAAUGUGUAUCCAAAUCACUGUAGUGGAGGCGGUUAUUUACUUUCGCCAAAUGUCUUACAUUUGUUACACGAAGCGUCGAUUAGCAAUUCUACUCACCCAAAAAUCUGGGUUGAUGAUGCUUUUAUCACUGGUAUUGUCCCUCGCUCGGUGGGUGUUGAAGUUGUUCAAUCAGCAUUUAUGUGUUGUGGCAAUGGUAUACUUAAUAGAUUUAAUCAAAGCAUUGCUCUCUUAGAUAUGGGCAGAGAAGAUCAGUUUGUGCUGAAUUGGAAGAAGAUUAAAGGAAACUCGUCGUUGAGUGCAGCAAAAAAAUCGAAAAAAUUAACGCCAAUUGAUCGAAUUUCUCGUUUUGAUCGAUCAGGACACAUUUUAACAAAAGAUAACAAAACAAAUGAAGUGUUACUCAAGUCUCCAACAGAAAUCUGUAACAUAUGGCCGGCAUAUCGAUUCCUUCAUCUUAAUAUUGUGAUCGGUGUAUGUUUUAGCAUUGUUGUGCUUAAAUACUUCUUUUGUAAAGUUGCUUUUUUCAAAAGGUGUUGUAGGAUAAGAUUAAGAUUGUGA